AUGGGUCUAGGAGUACUGGACGUCAAGAACGAGCACGUUCCUGGGACCUCCAAUAUCUACGAACAGGACGAUGACCGGAGCGAUCAUGCCGAUACUACAGGGCUGAAACAUGACUGGACGACCAAGGAACCUACGAUUCUCGUUCCACAGCCGAGUGACGACCCCAACGACCCGUUGAAUUGGCCACUAUGGAGGCGCGACUUGAUUCUCGCGAUCCUAUCCUUCGUAACGGUCCUCUGCACCACGCUUAGCUCCAUUCUAGCUGCAAACACGGUCAAAAUCGCAGACGUCCAGCAGAUUACCUAUGUCGAUGCGGCCCUGCUCACCGGAUACCACCUGUGUGGUGUAGGCGCGGCCGGAAUCCUCAUUGUGCCCACGGCUCGAGUCUGGGGUAAACGCCAUCUGUUCUUGCUUGGCCAUGUUUUGAUGAUUGCCAGCUGUAUUUGGGCUGGCGCCAGCGGCACAAAUCACAAGAGCCUUUUGUGGGCCCGAGUCUUUCAGGGAGUAGCUUUAGCUCCGUUCGAGGGAUUGGUGAACGCCUGUGUCGGCGAUCUUUAUUUUGUCCAUGAACGAGGCAAGCGCAUGGCAGUGUCUAAUGUAGCUCUCUUCGGUGCCGCAUUCUUGACCCCCGUCAUUGUCGGAAAGAUGACAGUGACUAUCGGCUGGCAGUGGUCCUUCUACUUUGUGGCCAUCUUUUUAGCCGCUUCAUUGCCUCUGAUGAUAUUCUUUGUGCCCGAAACGGCAUACCGGCGAUCGGACGAUCUGAAUACUGAUUUCAAGCACAAAUCUGGACACAGCAAGUCCACUGACUCCAAUUUGGCCCUCCGUGACUCUGUCAACGAGGAAUCCAAGGCCUUCGUUCCAGAGACUGGAGCUGUCCGUGGUGCAUCUCGAGCGGAGGUGACCGCAACUCCGGUUCCGCAGAAGGAUUCAUUUCUUAGGUCACUACGACUGUUCACCGGACGCAAAACAGAUGAAAAGUUCUGGAAGUUGCUGCUUCGUCCUUUCCCUCUGUUCCUUCACCCAGGUAUUCUCUGGGCUUGCUUGAUUCAAGGUGUAGUCAUUGGAUGGGCUGUCUUCAUCGGCGUCAUCCUCGCCCUUGUUUUUGAAGGACCACCACUCUGGUUCCACGAGGACCAAACAGGUUACCUGUACAGCGGGGCCUUCAUAGGGUCCAUGAUCGGUCUGAUCCUUGCAGCUGUCCUGACCGAUUCCAUGACCAAGUUCAUGGUGAAAAUGAAUCACGGCAAAUACGAGCCAGAGUUUCGCAUUCUGCUGGUUGUCUUCCAGUUGAUCUUCGCAUGCAUGGGCCUGUAUGGAUUUGGAUGGACGGCUAGUGAUACUAUGAAGUACCACUGGGUACUUCCAGAUGUUUUCUUUGCGUUCCUUAUUAUUGGGAUGGUGAUGGGUGCAGUUGCUGCGUCGCUUUAUAUUGUUGAUGCCCAUCGUCAAAUCGCGAUUGAGGCAUUCACUUGCCUGCUUAUUUUCAAGAACAUGUUCAGUUUCGUCCUGACGUUCUUUGCCUAUGACUGGAUGGCCUUCGGGGGCGUGAAGCACACCCUGAUUAUUCUUGGUAGCAUUCAAGUUGGUAUUUGCUGCUUGAGUAUUCCCAUGUACGUUUUCGGCAAGUGGAAUCGGUCAUUCUUUGCGCGCCAUGAUAUCCUCGAAAUGCUUCACCUCUGGUAA